GUCAUUAUGUUCCCGGUUUUCAAUCUUCGGGGCGGGAGAUUAAAACAAGAUAAAUAUCUAGUUCGAAUGUAUAUACAAACUUUUAUGGGCCGAUCCAUUUUUUACCGGAAAUGUCCGACGGUCCGACAUAUUUCGCGUAUUCUGCAGUAUGGGGAAUAUUAUGUAUCUCAAACUGCAAACAGCAUUCUCCUUGCAUGUACGUGCAUGUGUCCAAAAUGUAUGUUUGACAAAAUUAAUCCGUAGAAGAUUUCAGAAAACACUAUAAUGAACGAUUUUCAAAUCAAAAGCAUUGUAACAGCGUAUAAAUAACUUCUCUUUGUUAGUGCUGUGUGGGCUGUGGAGCCAUUCAAAUUGUCCCCCUGGAAAAGAGACCAUCGUUCAUCUCUUCGAGUGGAAAUGGAAGGACGUGGCAACAGAAUGUGAAAGAAUUCUCGCACCGGCUGGGUUCUGUGGUGUACAGAUUUCUCCUCCACACGAAAACAGAAUCGUCCGGCGUCCGCCUCGGCCGUGGUUUGAGCGUUAUCAGCCCGUCUCUUACAAGCUGGUAACGAGGAGCGGCACUGAGCAAGAAUUCCAAGACAUGGUGGUGCGCUGCAACAAAGUCGGAAUCAGAAUCUACGCAGAUGUGACCUUGAACCAUAUGAGCGAAGCAGGUUCCAGUGGACUGGGCACCGGCGGGUCUUACUACAGCGACCCCUUUUACCCGGAACUCCAAAUCUCUGAAUCCGAUUUCAACAGUGCACAAAACUGUUCAACCAAAGAUUUGACUGUCCAUAACUAUACUAACAAAGCAGAGGUUAGAAACUGCAGGCUGCAAGCUCUGAACGAUUUGAAGAUAUUUUCAAAUCACAUACAAGAAGUACAGCUAGAGUUUUUAAACAAGCUGAUAGAUAUCGGAGUGGCGGGUUUUCGAAUCGAUGCCGCUAAACACAUGUGGCCCUCUGAGCUAGAGCGUUUGUACCUCAGGUUCCAUCACCUAAAUACAACAUAUUUUCCAUUUGACACUCGCCCCUUUAUUCUUCACGAAGAUCUCGUAAUAGAUACAGUUGGACUGUCCAAUGAUGUUCCCGAGUACAGCAAAUUGGCUAAGGUCACCAACUACGAAUAUGGGUACUUUCUUGCACGGGUAUUUCUAGGCCACACAGCCAAUCUGAGAAUUCUGACUGACUUAGAGUUGAGACCAGGUUGGUCAGCCUCUGAGGACACAAUGGUUUUCAUCGAUGACAGUGCAAGUCAACGUGGCUAUGGAACAGCGAACGUGUUGUCUAACUUUAAUAAUCCCCGUCUGUAUAAAAUGUCAACGGCUUUCAUGCUCGCACAUCCAUAUGGAUUGGUAAGAGUUAUGAGUAGCUACUAUUGGCCGAGGACGAUGAUCAACGGUACAGAUGUCAAUUCCUGGAUGGGCCCGCCAGCAUCUAACAACAUGUCUACUCUGGAAGUCUUCGACGAGAACAGUCUAGAUUGUAAAAAUGGAUGGAUUUGUGAACAUCGAUGGCGACCAAUAAAGAACAUGGUGGGUUUCCGGAACGCUGUUGGUAAGACCAGAUUAACGUAUUGGUGGAGCAACGAUCAGAGACAAUUUGCCUUUGCUCGACAAGGUAGAGGCUUCCUUGUCGUGAACGCAGGAAAUUCUGAACUUUCCAUCGGACUACUAACUACUCUACCAAGUGGCACAUACUGUGACGUCAUAUCUGGGGACUUUGUGAAUGGUUUAUGUACUGGACAGACAAUAAAAGUAAACAAUGCUGGACAUGCAAGUUUCAGAAUACAUUCUCGUCAAGCGGAACCGAUGAUUGCAAUACAUAUUGGUGCUAAGUUGGGAACCUCUAAUGAACAGACUUCUAUUCAAAGUAUUCCGAAUGUUGGAUCAUUUCCAGGAGUCGUGGGAAAAUGAAGAUGUUAUGUUCGAUAGUUUACGAAUUAAAUUC